UACAUAUUCAUGAGGUCACGCGUGACGUCGACAACCAAACACGGAAAUAGGUUUUGUUUCCACAUUCGGUUCACAACAGCUCUCAGUAAAUGCGCCUCAAAAUGAUACUUUUGGAGUUAAAAUGCUGAAGUUUAAACCCCGUCUGAGGCUCAUGUGGAGACAUGGAGAAGAUUCGAGAGCGCUUUAAACAGAACAAGGCUUCGUGUGAAUCAGUGAGACUCAGGAAGAGGAGCUCCAUUCUGUACAGCACAGACAUCAAAACACCUCAAACACUCAAAAUCUUUGGCAUCAGCAUCGCAGUUUUCUCGGUCGUAUUCCGCCUGCUCAACUGCGUCCUGAUCCAGACCAGCUUCGUCCCGGAUGAAUACUGGCAGUCGCUGGAGAUCCCCCACCGGAUGGUCUUCAGUUAUGGCUAUGAGACGUGGGAAUGGAAAGAAGGCAUCCGGGGAUAUUCUUAUCCUCUCCUGUUCGCUCUGAUGUACAAACUCCUGCAUCUGAUGAACUAUGACACGGUUUAUUUAUUGGUGUUUGUGCCGCGUGUUUUCCAAGCGCUGUUGGCUGCGUAUGCCGACGUGAAGCUGUACAACCUCGUCUUGCAAUGGGAGAAUCCUGAUGUUGCCAAAUGGACAUAUUUCUGUCAGCUGUGUUCAUGGUUCACCUGGUUUUGCUGCAGCCGGACUCUGACCAACACAAUGGAAACGGUUCUGACCACCCUGGCACUUUGCUUUUUCCCUUUACCCGGCUCCAAAACACACAACAGCUGGAAGUAUUUGUCUCUGGUGUCGCUGGCCGUCGUUGUCCGUCCCACAGCUCUGAUCGUCUGGCUUCCUCUGCUCUUCUAUCAUUUCUGUGUGGAACAAAACAAGCUGAAGCUCAUCACACAGCGAUGCUUUCCCAUUGCGGCUCUGGCUUUGGCCGUCUCGACACUGAUAGACUCUGUCUUCUAUGGAAAGUGGAUCCUGGUCCAGUGGAACUUCCUGAAGUUUAACGUGCUUCACAAUGUGGCCGAGUUUUAUGGAUCUCAUCCGUGGCACUGGUACUUCACUCAGGGUCUGCCGGUCGUGAUCGGCCCACACCUUCCUCUCUUCCUGCACGGAUGCUCACUGGCCACCAAGAAGCACAGAAUCCUGCUGAUUACCAUCUUCUGGACUACAGCUGUUUACAGUUUGCUGCCGCACAAGGAGUUCCGGUUUGUUUAUCCGGUGCUGCCGUUCUGUAUGAUAUUCAGCGGUAUGUCUCUAGCGAAGCUGCAAGCGUGGAGGAAACCUGUUGCUACCUCCCUGCUGCUCCUCAAUCUGAUUCCUGCGUUAUACACGGGUUUGAUUCACCAGCGUGGAUCUCUGGACGUCAUGCAUGACCUGCAGCACCUGUGUGACCCCAGCGGCUCUCAGAGCUCACCUGAGCUGCUGUUCCUCAUGCCGUGUCACUCCACACCGCUCUACAGUCACCUGCACUGUCCCCUAAAACUGCGGUUCCUGGAGUGUCCACCAGAUCUCACGGGAAAUAAGGAGUAUGUGGAUGAAGCAGACGUGUUCUUCCGAAACCCUCUUCACUGGCUCCAAACAUCCUUCCCAUCUCAAUCCACGUUACCUUCACAUAUAGUGCUGUUCGACUGCCUGGAGAAGGAGAUUUCGUCGUUCCUGGAGGAAAACCGAUUCGCCAAACAAGCUGAAAUAUUCCACACACACUUUCCCGAAGGUCGAGUGGGAGGAAACAUAUUAAUAUACACCAGAGGAUCCGCACUGAAGACUAAUUCAAGUUUAUUUUUGGAUGUCAAGCGUACAUAAAGAGUGUAUUUUGGUUUUAUAUACUAUUUUUGCAUAUUUCACACUCCAGAGUUGAAUCUGAUCUAUUUUGGCUUAAAGCAUGAGAACAGUCAUCAAUGAAGCAGUGAAAGACUUUUAUUCUAAAGUUUAAGUGCAUUUAUGUUCAAUUACAAGAACAAAGAGAAGAAAAAUAGGGGAAAACAUUGCAUUAACGAAGUGCUAAAUCAUAAAUAAUAUAUUUUACUGAUUUGCAUGUUCAAAUAAAACUGGUGACACAUGACAGAAA